CGCCCUCCCCGCCGCCGCCGCUGCCUUCCCGGAGCCUGCGGGCGGCGCGGAGGCCGAGGAGCGCUCGCUGCAGCACAUGCUACGCGCCAUAGCCGAGGAGCGCGGCCGCCUCAGCCUGCGCCGCGAAGUCUGCGGCCUCGGGUGCUUCAAGGAUGACCGCAUCGUCUUCUGGACUUGGAUGUUCUCUACCUACUUCAUGGAGAAGUGGGCCCCGCGGCAGGACGACAUGCUCUUCUACGUGCGCCGGAAGCUGGCGUACGUGGGCAGCGAGGGCGCCGUCGACGGGCGGAAGCUGGCUGAGGCGGAGCCCGAGGUGGAGGUGGAGGUGUACCGGCGGGACUCCAAGAAGCUGCCGGGCCUCGGAGACCCUGACAUCGACUGGGAGGAGAGCGUCUGCCUGAACCUCAUCCUGCAGAAGCUGGACUACAUGGUGACAUGUGCUGUGUGCACACGAGCUGAUGGGGGGGACAUCCACAUCCAUAAGAAGAAAUCCCAGCAAGUGUUCGCAUCCCCCAGUAAACAUCCCAUGGACAGCAAAGGCGAAGAAUCCAAGAUCAGCUACCCCAACAUCUUCUUCAUGAUCGACAGCUUUGAGGAGGUGUUCAGCGACAUGACCGUGGGCGAAGGAGAGAUGGUCUGUGUGGAGCUGGUGGCCAGUGACAAAACCAACACGUUCCAAGGGGUCAUCUUUCAGGGCUCCAUCCGCUACGAGGCGCUCAAGAAGGUGUACGACAACCGCGUGAGUGUGGCUGCCCGCAUGGCACAGAAGAUGUCCUUUGGCUUCUACAAGUACAACAACAUGGAGUUUGUGCGCAUGAAGGGGCCGCAGGGCAAGGGCCACGCUGAGAUGGCGGUCAGCCGAGUGUCCACCGGUGACACGUCCCCCUGCGGGACCGAAGAGGACUCCAGCCCGGCUUCGCCCACGCACGAGCGGGUGACCUCCUUCAGCACUCCGCCGACGCCCGAGCGCAACCACCGGCCCGCCUUCUUCUCCCCGUCCCUCAAGAGGAAGGUGCCCCGGAGCCGGAUGGCGGAGAUGAAGAAGUCUCACUCCGCCAACGACAGCGAGGAGCUCUUCCGGGAGGAUGACGGGGGAGCCGACCUGCACAAUGCCACCAACCUGCGGUCUCGGUCCCUGUCCGGCACGGGGCGCUCCCUGGUCGGGUCCUGGCUGAAGCUGAACAGAACAGACGGUUAUUUCCUUCUUUACGCACAUUUAACCUACGUCACUUUGCCGCUGCACCGGAUUCUAACAGACAUCCUGGAAGGACGGCAGAAGCCCAUCCUGAUGACCUAGCCGUGUGCGGAGCCGCCAGCCCUGCCCAGUCCUGGGAGUGCUGCCAAGUGCCUACCUGUCCACCGCCACUGGGGUCUGCCGGACCACCCAGCGCCGCAGCCGGAGCCAGGCGGGACCACUCGACUCCCGGGGCCAGGGCCACAGCCCCGCCGACACCAGCCCAAACUGAAGUGCCUCGUCCCCCCUGCCGCUGGCUCUGCCCUGCCUCUGCCCACCCACCCGGCACCCUCGGCCCGUCUCUGGAGAACCCUCUGCACCCAAAGAGGACCAGAGACGCCAAGAGGCAUAAGAGGGAGCCAGAGGAGCAGCCAGCGUCCAGAGGGAGUCCAGCCCUACGGACCCGACGUACGCAUCCCGACAGACGGCGGGCAGAGACCACUGGCUGGGGGCGCGCAGUGUGUCAGACUGGCCGCACUGUAGGCACA